UGGUAUAUUUUUCGAUGACGAUAAAUUCACAUUACAUUGAGUCGAAUUUAAAAAGAGUUAAUCCAACUAUAUUUUAACUUGAAUCAAAUACUCCUAUAAGCUACAAUGUGUAUGAAUUAAAAGUGAAUGAGAAUCAUAGUGGUAGUAAAUCCAAUCCCUAAUUUGAUAGAGCAGGAGCUGUUUCAACUUUCAACCUCAUCAAUAUCUCCUCAAAGCAGUUGUUUCCGCAAUUAUUUUAUAAUCCUCGGAUGCUUACAUAAGUAUUCACAACAUUGUCAUUUGUUUUCAGCUAAUUUGGCGCCAUUAAUUAUACCAUUUGAAUGUUUCCUAUUUUUAGAUCAACCUCAUUAUUGACCUCCUACAAGAAAACCCACUUCACAAUCAGUUUUUUUCGGACAUUUUCGGAUGCUUACAUAAAAUGCAUCGAAAAUUAUACCCAACACAGAUCUUUGAUGUUGGGCAAAGCAUUACAUGCACAUUUGCUCAUCAUUGGCCGAGCUCGUUCUAGUCUUUUUGCUUCUAAGCUCAUAAUAAUGUAUGCGGAAUGCAGAGAAUUGGCUAGUGCACGUAAAGUGUUUGAUAAAAUGCCUGACUCGAACUAUCGGAGAUGGAUAGCUCUUAUAGGAGCGUACGCGAAAUGUGGGGUUUAUGAGCAAGCAUUGGAUCUUUUGAGGGAAAUGGUUAUAGAAGGUGCAAAACCCAACAAUUAUAUUCUUCCUAGUGGUCUUAAAGCUUGUGGACAUCUUUCGAAAUGGUGGGUUGGUGAGGAGAUUCAUGGGUUUAUUUUGAGGAAUUCAUUUGAGGGUGAUGUGUAUGUUAGUUGUUCCCUUAUAGAUAUGUACUCGAAAUGUGGUUUUUUUUAUCACGCGAGGAAUGUUUUCAACAAUAUGAUUGAGAAAGAUUUGAUUGCUGUGAAUGCUAUGGUUGCUGGUUAUGUUCAUGUAGGAAUGAUGAAAGAGGCAUUGAGUUUAUUAGAGGAUGUGAAAUUGAUGAAUAUGAGGCCUGAUGUUGUAACAUGGAAUACUUUGAUUGCAGGAUUUUCUCAUGUAGGGGAUAGUUUAAUGGUGGAUGAGCUUUUCCAAGUUAUGCGCUUUAAUGGGAUUGAGCCGGAUGUGGUGUCAUGGACUUCUAUCAUUUCCGGGUUUGUGAAGAAUCUCAGGAACAAAGAAGCUUUUCUUACAUUUCAGAAAAUGCUUGAUGCUGGAUGUUUCCCAAAUGCAAAUACAAUUAGUACUCUCUUAUCUUCUUGUGCUAAUGUAGGAAAUGUAACAUGGGGAAAAGAGAUACAUGGUUUUGCGGUGAUUGUUGGACUUGAGCAGGACGUGUAUGUGCGGAGCGCGCUUAUAGACAUGUAUGCCAAAUGUGGGUGUAUAAUCCAAGCAUCAAUAUUGUUUCAAAAGACAACUAAAAGGAACACUCCUACAUGGAAUUCGAUGAUCUUUGGAUUUGCUAACCACGGCUAUUGCAAUGAAGCAAUUGAAGUUUUCAGAACGAUGGAAACAGAGGACGCAGAGAAGCUCAACCAUUUGACAUUCACUGCAGCAUUGACAGCCUGCAGUCACGGUGGAAGGGUGGAACUCGGAAGAAAUCUCUUUAAAUCAAUGCAAGAGAAGUAUAAUAUUAAGCCAAGACUUGAGCAUUAUGCUUGUAUGGUGGAUCUUCUUGGUCGAGCUGGAAAUUUAACCGAAGCUCAUGACAUUGUCAAAGCAAUGCCAAUUACACCUGAUUUGUUUGUAUGGGGAGCAUUAUUAGGAGCUAGUAAACAGCAUGGUGACAUAGAGCUUGCGGAAGUAGCAGCAAAACACUUGUCUGAACUCGAACAUAAAGGUAUAGGAGCAAAUUUACUGUCAACUUUAUAUGCCGAGGCAGGAAGUUGGGAAAAUGCUGCGAGAUUGAAGAAGAAGAAAAUGAGGAAUUUUUCAGGAUGCAGUUGGAUUGAGGCUACUGGAUUUAUAACAGCUUCUCUAAACUAAUGUGAAACCCGAUGAACAGCCAGCGGGAUUAUAACAGCUUGCAAAUUUUUUGAAACUGGGUUGAUGGUGCAUGAAUUGCUCAAAAUAUGUUGUUCAUGGGUCAUGGCUACUCAAGUCUCAUUUAAUCUCAUAUAGCUGUCAUAUUGUCAACACUACAAUUGUCUAACUUAGGGAUACACAUAAAAUCCAUGGAGAUGUUUCCA